AUGCGCCCAGACCAUCAAUAUGCAGAACAACUGGGACAUCCAGCGGGCUGGCUGCUACGCUGCUCCGACACCGCUCGCCGGCCUACACCGUCAACCGCCGCGGAGUUGCAGCCGCCCGAGGACCGAGAAGACUUCCACUGGUUCAACUUCUACCGCUUCUCCGUGUCCUGGCCGCGAGUGCUGCCCAAGGGCGACCUGUCCGUCAUCAACCAGGACGGCCUCGACUACUACAACAACCUCAUCAACGAGCUCGUCAACAACGACACGUUCCUAUAUAUUAUGCAUUUAACCAAAACCGGCGACCAGUUUACAAUGUAUCACUGGGAUCUUCCGCAACAUCUUCAAGACCUCGGAGGCUUUGCUAACGAUAUUAUUAUUGAUUAUUUUGAAGAUUAUGCUAAUUUGUUGUUUACGCACUACGGAGACAGAGUGAAGUGGUGGAUAAAAUUCAACGAGCUCCUGUCGUUUGUGAAUGGGUACUCGUCGACCAAGUUCGCGCCGGCCGUGAACGCGCCGGGCGUGGGGCUCUACCUGGUGGGGCACAACGUGCUCAAGGCGCACGCACGUGUGUACCACCUGUACGACGACCACUUCCGCAGCCAGCAGCGAGGCAAAGUCAGCAUCACGUUGAACAUGGACUAUCCUAUGCCGAAGAAUAAUUCUGAGGCUGACAUAAAUGCAACAGAGAUAUAUCUACAAUUCAAGCUGGGAUGGUUCGCGCACCCCAUCUACAGCUCAGAGGGCGACUACCCCGCCGUCAUGAAGGAGAGGGUGGCCAACAACAGCAGGGCGGAGGGACUGCCGAGGUCCAGGCUGCCCGAGUUCGGCGAGCACUGGGUCAAGUACAUCCGAGGAACGCAUGACUUCUACGGCAUGAAUCUGUACACUGCGAACCUGAUCAGCGUGUCCAACACCACCGCAGACGUCACCGACUCUUCAAACAGCGACAUGGGUAGCAUCAUAGCAGAGCAGGACCCCAGCUGGCCCUACGAGGGCCUCAAUGACUUCAGGGAAAUUCCAGAUUGUUUGGAAAUAUUGCCUGUGGGUAAGGAUAACUGUGCCCUCAGGCCAUUGUAUCCCACUAUGAAGAUCCAAAAUGGGAAUAGCUUCCGCUAUACAACUGGGUCAAAAAGCUGUAAGAUCCAGAGAGCUGGGGAUGGUGAAGUAAGGGGAGCGUCCAUCUAG